CCGGGGCCACGAACGUCUUGAGUCGAACUCAACGGUCUUUUUUUACUCAAAUCUGAGAAUUUUCUCAAAUCUCUUGAGUUUCACUCAAGAAAGUGUGCCACGAAAAUAGAGUCUCGCUCAAGCUGAGAAAAGUCUUGAGUUUUUCGCAAAAUAUCUGAGAUUGCUUAGCACCUGUCUCAAGCGUUUCACUCAGCAUUCAAAAUGGCUGCCAGACGUAUCCUUCUGUGGAAUAUGAUGCGAGUUCCGAGGCGAACAGUGCGAGACCGUAGCAAUCCCUUAGAGCUUUUGUCCGAGGAUGAAAUUUUCAUGAGAUAUCGCUUUAGAUCCGCCACGAUCUUCUUCAUGUGUAGCUUGAUUUCGGACACCAUCAGCCACCAGACGCAACGAAGCUGUCCCAUACCAGCCCUUCUACAAGUGUUGGCAGCUCUGCGGUUUUAUGCUACUGGGUCUUUCUACCAGCUGAUCGGAGAUUCCCUCUGUGUAUCCAAAUCAGCUGUUGGACGUGCAGUUCGAGCAGUUACCUCCCUUUUAUCUGCUUUAUCUGCAAGAUUUAUAAAGUUCCCUUCACAAAACGACAUUUCAUCUAUAAGAACCAAAUUCUAUCAAUUGACUGGUAAGAUUAAUUACAUUAAUAGAAUUAAACUCAUUCCAUCAAUACAGAAAAUCAUAUCUUACCAUCGUUUAGGGCCGUUCCUAGAGCGAGCGUCUUGUUUUGUUUUUUUUCCAAGGGAGGUCACUCUAAAUAAAAUACGUAAAGUAUGGAAAGGCCAUAGGACAAUGAUUAGUGAUUCUGGUUAUGCCUUGAAAAGAUAUUUGAUGUUACCCUACCUGACUCCAUCAAACAGAGCCGAAGAAAACUUCAAUAAUGCAUUGUGUCGUACAGGUGUAACGAUUGAGCAAGCGUUCGGUAUCCUCAAGAGGCGAUUUCCUUGCCUUCAAAUAGGAUUACGAGUUCAGCCAGAACAAGCUUGUUCUAUUGUGGUGGCCUGUGUUGUGCUGCACAAUCUGGGCAUUGAGCGACAGGACAUCGUUGACAUCCCACCGGUCAACAGACAGAUAGUGGACGAGGUCGCAUUGCCAGCUGUGAACGGAGUUCGGAAUGAAGGAAAGGCAGUGCGGGACCAUAUUGCACAGACCUUUUUUGCAAAUUGAUAAACUGAUUGACCACAAUGACUCACAGUCGGGGUUUUGGGAGCCGGAACGGUUGAACUGGUGGUGCUCAGAGAUGAUGACGUUGACUGGUGGCACUCCACGCUCGACUCGAAGUCCAUUACAUCUGAAUAAAAAGCAAUCUUAUGCAAUAGAACACUA